UGGCAGUUGCGCUCAAUCCAGACUCAGCAGAGCAGUCUCACAGGCACUUACCCACAGCAGUCACUUACCCCCAGUCUUGCUCCGUGUCCUCUCUGCUCUCCCCGGUCACUGGCCCUUUAAGGCUCCUUGGGUGGGUGGGGGUUUGGGUGUCAGUCCUACUAAGUAUCUUCUUCAUUCCGAAGUGUCAGACUCACCAGCUCCGACUCACUGUCACAUAAACCUUCUCUCCGACUCGUGCCGGGGGAUCAGAGAAAUUCGGGGACUGUGAGUAGAGGAGGAGGAGAUCUAACCAUGCCCACGUGUUUGUGGCUGAUGCUGAUGUUGUUGCCCUGUGUGCCCUCCGACCUGCUUCCCAGGAUCACAAUCAGUUACGGGGAUCCCAGCAGGUCACUAGUCGGCUUCAGCCUGAAUAACGUGCACAAUUAUGAUCAGUUGUUGCUGAGCCCGGAUGAACGGACCCUGUAUGUGGGGGCCCGGGAUAAUAUCUUGUCCCUCCGAGUUGGCCGCGGCCCCAUGACACUACUGCACCAGGUACCCUGGCCUGCCAAUGAUACUUCCAUUUCCAACUGUGUAAACAAAGCGAAGAGCAACAAGACGGAGUGCUUUAAUUUCAUCCGUAUACUGGUGCCAUUGAAUGAGAGCCAUCUGUAUACCUGCGGAACGAACGCCUUCAACCCUGCCUGCACCUACAUUGAACUGGACCAUUUCACAUUGCCUAAGAAUUCCAAUGGAACUAUCAUCACAACAGAUGGAAGGGGCCAGUCGCCCUUCGACCCCCGACAUAAUCACACGUCUAUCGUCGUAGAUGGAGAACUGUACACCGGCACCAUGUAUAAUUUCCAAGGGAACGAACCUGUUAUUUUCCGGAAUAUGGGCACAAAAGUCAACCUAAAGACAGAAGGGUCCCACGGCUGGCUGACGUCGGACGCUGUGUUUGUGGGGUCCUUCAAUCCUCAGGGUUCCUCUCUGGACAGCAAGGUCUAUUUCUUCUUUGAUGAGACUGCAAAGGAAUAUGACUUCUUUGAAAAGAUGACGGUGGCACGAGUUGCCCGGGUGUGCAAGAAUGAUGUUGGAGGGGAGAAGGUUCUCCAGAAAAAAUGGACGACGUUCCUCAAGGCCCAACUGAGCUGCUCCCUAAACAAUCACGUCCCUUUCAAUAUUCUGCAUCACGUGGCCUUACGGAACAACCCUGACCCAGAGCACAGCAUCUUCUACGGGGUGUUCAGCACCCAAUGGCAAGUUGGGGGGCUGAGAAGCUCUGCGGUUUGUAUGUUCACAUUGGCCCAGAUUGAGAAAGUCUUCAACGGGCCCUACAAGGAACAGAAUAAGGAAUACUCAAAAUGGACCCGGUACAUGAAACCUGUAUCCGACCCACGUCCAGGCAGCUGCUCAGGGGGCAAAUUCUCCGACUCAGACCUGAACUUCAUGAAGGAACAUUUCCUUAUGGACGAAGUGGUCUCUCCCAACGGCUCAGAACCAGUCCUGGUCAAACAGAACGUCCAAUACACCAGAAUUGCCCUCGACUCAGUCCAGUCAGUGUCCGGUCUCAACUACACCGUCAUGUUCCUGGGAACAGAUAAAGGCUUCUUACACAAAGCUGUGCUGCUGAGCAAUGGCCGGGGGUCGCACAUUAUUGAGGAGAUAGAGGUGCUGAACCCAGAGGAACCCGUGGAGAACUUGCUUCUGGCAGCCAAUGAGGGUGUCCUGUACGUCGGUUACUCUGCCGGGGUCCACCGGGUGCUGCUGGCUAACUGCAGUAUAUACCAGAGCUGCUUCGACUGCAUUUUGGCCCGAGACCCUUACUGCGCCUGGGACAGGGUGAGCCAGAGGUGCCGCAGUGUUGGGGAAAAUAAAGGGAAAUCGUGGCUGCAGGAUAUUGAGACGGGAAACCCAAAUACCAGCUGCUUCCGUGUCGGCACACCCAGAGUAAUCCGUCCUCCCAGCACGUCAAUCAAAGAGGAGAAUUACAGCAGUUGCUUUAACUCCAUCCUGGAGCUGAAGUGCCCCCAUCGCUCGGCCCUGGCCAGUUACAACUGGAAGACCCCCGAUCUGUUAACCCCCGAGAUGCAGAUGGUGACUGGGGAGGACACGCAGGUGAUUAUAGUGCGGGACGACACUGCGGGGCUGUACGAGUGCUGGGCCACCGAGAACGGCUACAGAUACGAAGUUGCCCAUUACUGGGUCACGCCCGUUGGCUGCCCGUUGGUGUCCCCCAAUAUUGCCGAGCGGGAUUAUUACAACCAGUUUGUGGUGGUCACGGUGCUCCUGGUUCUGACGUUAUUGGCCUGCGUGGGACUUGCCCUCUAUUCACUGAGAGACAAAAUAAAAGCCAGGAGUAAAAUCCAGGGGUGCAGCACCCCAGAAACGAUAAAGCUUUCAGAGACUAGAUCCCAAGAGAAGAAGCCACUGAACGGCCUCUGUGAUGGGGAUGGGGCCAAACCCUGCUGUGUCCCCCUGGGCAGAUCCACGGGCAAAAUGGAUAUAGAGAAUAACAGCGUUGCCGUUUCUUCAUAGUCUCCUGACAACCAGUUUCGGGGGUCUCAUUACACUGCCAUGACAUUACAGGGGGCGCUGUCACUUGCCAGAACUUAAUGAAUGAAUAGAGAUGCCCCUCAAGGGGUAAAGGGCAAGACCAAUGGGCAUAUCUGCCCCACACAUUUAUGUGAAUCCAACCUGGAGUUCCACCCACUUUCAUAGGGAUGGGGAAUCCGUGGGGUUUUUAAUUGGGGGACUUGUGUCUUCGCUUCAGGACAGAUAUACAAACGCCACAUUCCAGACUCCUGUACCUUUCAAUGUUUUCCCUUUGGUAAGUGUCCGACUCUCUACUCCAAAUGGCUGCCUACCAUAAUCUGUUUCCGGAAAAGGAUCACGUGACCAAUAUGGCCGCCGCUCAACUUUGUAGCUUUUAAGACUACAGACUGGAUGUACCGGCGCUGAUUGUGUUCCUUUUGCACCCGAAAAGCUGUGUUUUGUACCCAAAUGUGAGCAUCUGUUAGUAACGUGUGUGGGGGGCACCCAUCUUGCAUGUACACCCCCGAGUGCGAAUGUGUUUGUGCGGUGGAUUCUGUUACCUGUGGAUGGACCCUUGUGUUUCUGAUGCCGUGACGCGUUUAACGCGGGAAUUCUGCCCGGACCAUAUCAGUAUUAUACCGGUCAUUCGCUUUUUUUUUAUUUAUGUAAUUAAACCGGCUUUUUGUAAGAGA